GCGGAAAGUUGCAUUCCUCAUUUUGAUCAAGUGAAUCCUCUGUAUCACUUCUCUAUUAUAACUUACCUACGGUACAACCGCUUAGGUUUCAUUAUCCUUCCUCGCCCUUCCUAAGGUACAAAGAAGAUACAGCGGAAGCGGGUUGGCUUCAGCUUCAGCUCUCUGCUUACUCUAUAGUUCUUUACUUGAGUCUGAUACUGCUGACUGCUGUGUUGGGAUCGCGGCUAUUUUCGGUUCUCUUGAAUUGCCCUCCUUCGUCUGGAUAUCUGAACUCCAAAUACAAGAUGAACGCCCCAGAUCGCUACGAGUCAUUUGUGCUCGCCAGUGGCGAAAGCAAAGUCGAGAUGGAGAUAGACACUCGCAUCCCCUCUUCCGCUAUUUUCACCUUCAAUAAAGAGGAUCACACUCUAGGGAACUUGAUCCGUUCUCGCCUGCUACAAAGCUCUCACGUCCUCUUCGCUGCGUAUAAGGUGCCUCAUCCGCUUGUCCCGCAGUUUCUGCUACGCGUACAGACAGAUGGCGAGAUUACUCCCAAAGAAGCUGUUAUUACCGCCUGCCAUGAGCUUGUGCGCGACCUGGGUACUCUCUCCCGAGAAUUCACUAAAGAGUAUGAGCUCCGUAAGAUGGUGGGGGCCACUCAACAGCAGAACGGUGGUCAGGAUGGACUAUAGUCACUAUCCGCUGCUGUCCGCAGAAUAAACUUGCUACGCGAUUCCUGACGUGCUGAAUCUUUAAACUUACGCAGCCGGAUAUGUUUCUGUUAUCAUCAUACCCUUUGUUGUCAAUAUCCCGCUGUUUUCAACUUGGCUCUGUUUGCAUGGACAGAUCGAAACGCGCAUGCAUCUAUUUAUCUGCCAUCAUGACUAAGUGCUUUUAUCGCUUGUUUUACUUCGCUUGUUUCACAUGUGAUUAAUCUAUAACUUGCUCAAUGCGUUGCCUUAAGCGUUCCAGGGUGACAC